AAGAUUUGGAAUUCAAAAAAGUUUGAGGUCGCAUCACCGGUACCCUUACAACAACCAUCCAACCAGUAUCUUCCAGCUUGGACGUAGCAUAUUGGUGUAAUUGACCAUGUCCAACGCAUCCACGACAGCAGUCGUAUAUAACGCCUCUGUAAACCCCUCACGACGGGCUAAAGUUACUCGAAUGACCGAGCGUACCAUCCUUCCUCGACAGAUGUCUGUCCCUCAGAGCGCAUCCAAUAACGCUGAAAGUGAAAGCACCAUGAUUGUGACUGUUGCGCCAGAGCCCAAUCAGGGUCACGUUCCCUCGAGAUCUCCCACCACAGCAAAACGAGGGCGCAAGCCUGCCUCAAAUGCUUCGGGUCUUUCUCGUUCUGCACGGGAAGCCCAACGGAAACUCAACCAUUCUAUCAUCGAAAAGGCUCGCAGGACGAAGAUCAACGAGGCCCUGGCUGAACUGGCCAGGUUAGGCGCAACCGUUGAGGUACUCCAUUCUGGUGGGAGUUUGAAAGAUGCAGAAGCGUCUGUCUCGAGGUUGGCCGAAAGGCCUACUCCGGACCUUGUCGAAGACCACGAUGUCGAUGCCGACGUUGACGACGAUGACGAUAAGGAUGGUGAUUAUGGUGUCCCUUCCUCUAGUCGAACUAGGAACGGCGGGAGCACGUCGAAAAUUAAAUCGUCCAAUUCCUCCCAAGAUCACAUUUCAGCAUCAAAAGGGAAAGAAAAAUUCAAACUUGAUAUCCUUGUCAAGACUGUAGAGAAUAUGCAGCACCUAUUAGAAAGGGUAAGAAGCCUGGAAGCACAGGUUGAGAAUGUCAGGAUCUCUCCCUUCGGAGUUUCGGAGGAUUUCGAGUGUCGGAAAUGUGCUGAGCGCACGUUGGCAGAUUUACCUCCACUAACUUCCACCACGAAUAAGCGGAAGAGACAUACUUCCGCAGAAUCUGAUGCUGCUAGUAAUGAAAAGCACCUUGAGGAUUUCUCAAGAGACCCAGAUGAUCGAAUACAGCCUCGGGAUCAGAGGAAACGUAAAGUCAUGCACACCAAUCCCAGCAUCGAGCAUACUGACGAGCAUACAUCGAACACAAACCCUAUCCUUCCCACUCUGCCGUCCAUUUCCUCAUGGCUCUCAGACUAUAAUUUAUCUGCCUACUCAAUCCAUUCUUCCCGAGAUUCUUUCACUUCUCUCGUGGCUCCUGCUUCGAGUUCGUCACCGAGCCUAGCCGGUCCCAGUCCUCUGCCAAGGCUUUCGCCUUUUAAUGUCCCGCAACACCGGGGGCGGUUCCAUUCCAAUACAUCUUCUCCUUCGCUCGCAACAUAUCUACCUUCUCCGCCUUCUUCGACGCAAUUUACUGCUUCCGCUCCUGUUUCAUAUGGUGGAGUGCCAAUCCUAGAAUUGGGUCCAUCGAGUGCGUCAACGCCCUGCGCUGUCUCUUCGACUGCAUCACCUGCUUUCUCUAUACGGGGAAGGCCCGGUUCCAGUUUGUCGAUUUCUACCAAUGCUCCAAGCUCAGCCGCCGUCAUCUCUCCUGGACCUGUCUGUACAAGCACGAACAGUGCCACCGCCACCAUCGCCAGUACUGCAGCUACUGGUAGGAUAGAUACAAUCCAUACUGUUCGGACACCGGAAGAUGAAUCCGCUGCAUCUUUGCUAUUGCAUAUGAAAUCAUCGCCGCCUGUGUUCAUGACUCCGAGGGCGCGGAGAGAUUCGAUACUGUCUGCGGUGAAUGUAUCAGAUAUCAGGGAAGACGUGUUCGCAUUGGUGUCUCAUACUGAUUCCAACGGUCAAUCAGUGAUGAUUGCCCAGACACCUAGUUCGAUCUUGGGAUUAGGUCCUAGAUCGGAUUAGAGGCCAGGUGAAAGACUCGUUAUCUUCGCCUAUCCCGGUCCAGUAAUUCGUUGUCUAUCCAAUUCGUUAGUGGAAUUUACAUUUAUUAGACUUUAUUAGACUUUAUGCAUUAUGUGUAACGACUACCUCGCCAUCACACCCAACGCAAACCGUCACAUUCUGGGAAGAGGCAAUACUUCACCCGGGGCGUAGCGUAUCCCAAGGCUUUUACAUUUCAGUAUACUACUCUACUCUUCCGUUUCCUCUCAAAGCC